AUGCGCGGCGGCUGCGCCUCGCGCUGCCAUCGCGUCAGUGUGUCGGAGCCACUGUUGGCAUGCCGGACGACUCAACCGACACCUUCACGCUUUCGAUUCUCGACACAGACUGGCUCGCGCCAGAAUUCAAACGCCCCACCGCCGAAGGAUAGAGCCAUUUUCGUCCCACCCAUAGGAGGAGAGCGGCUCCAGCGUCCAAUGAUGGUUCAGGUUUUCUAUCCUUCUCGAAACUCCGACGAGGUAUACGAGCCUCGAUUGGCUUUCAGCGACCCCACUACCAACAACCGCCGCCCCAUCAAACGGAGCCGCCUCAGCCUGGUGGGGGGACGGAAAAAAGUAGUCCCUCUGAGUUGA